CGCUAACUUUGCCUCUUCGGCAGAGAGAGGGCUCGGCGGAGCCCCGGCGGUCGGGAGCCGGGCCCCCCCCCCCCCCCCCUCCCCACCCGCGAUGAAGAGCCGCCGGCGGUGGCGGUGGAGGGGGGAGCACCGCCGGUUCGCCGCGGUGCUGGUGCUGUACACGCUGGUGCUGCUGCUGCUGGUGCCCUACGCGCUGGACUACGGGGCCCGGCGGGGGAGGGCGGACGAGGAGCCGCUGCUGCGGCGCUGCCCCAGCCUGGAGGAGGCCCUGAGCGAGUGGGGCUGGGAGCAGCGGCAACCGCCGCUGGACGAGGAAGAGGACGAGGAGGAGGAGGAGGAGGAGGAGGAGGAAGGGCGGGGGGGGGAGGGCGGCGCGGCGGGUAACGGCAGCGCGGCGGCGGGGAAGCGGCACAUCUACCUGCACGCUACCUGGCGCACGGGCUCCUCCUUCCUGGGGGAGCUCUUCAACCAGCACCCCGACGUCUUCUACCUCUACGAGCCCAUGUGGCACCUGUGGCAGGCCCUCUACCCGGGGGACGCGCUGAGCCUGCAAGGCGCCCUCCGCGACAUGCUGCGCGCCCUCUUCCGAUGCGACUUCUCCGUCCUGCGCCUCUACGCCGCCCCGCCCGGCCCCCGCGACCCGCUGGCCGCCGGCCCCCCCCCCGCCAACCUCACCACCGCCGGCAUCUUCGGCUGGCGAACCAACAAGGUGAUCUGCUCGCCGCCGCUCUGCCCCGCCGGCCCCCGGCCCCGCGGGGAGAUCGGCCUCGUCGACGGCGCCGCCUGCGAGGAGACGUGCCCGCCGCGGGCGCUGCGGGAGCUGGAGGCCGAGUGCCGCAAGUACCCGGUGGUGGUCAUCAAGGACGUGCGGCUGCUGGAGCUGGGCGCCCUGCUGCCGCUGCUGCGGGAACCCGGCCUCAACCUGCGGGUCGUGCAGCUCUUCCGCGACCCCCGCGCCGUCCACAACUCCCGCCUGAAGGCGCGGCAGGCGCUGCUGCGGGAGAGCAUCCAGGUCCUGCGCAGCCGGCACCGAGCCGAGCCCCGGGGGGCGCCCCGCCAGCCGCAGCUCCUGCUGCCGCCCGGGCUGCUGGGCGGGCGGGCUGCCCCCCCGCAGCACCGAGCCGAGUUUUUCCUCGGCGGCGCCCUGGAGGUGAUCUGCCAGGCCUGGCUCCGCGACCUGCUGCUGGCCGGCCGCGCCCCGCCUUGGCUCCGCCGCCGCUACACGCAGCUCCGCUACGAGGACCUGGUGCGGGAACCCCGCGCCCAGCUCCGCCGUUUGCUGCGCUUCGCCGGGCUGCCGGUGCCCCCCGCCCUGGAGGCCUUCGUGCUCAACAUGACCCGCGGCACCGCCUACUCCUCCGACCGGCCCUUCCUCAUCUCCGCCCGCGACGCGCGGGAGGCCAUCCACGCGUGGCGGGAGCGCCUCAGCCGCCAGCAAGUGCGGCAAGUGGAAGCCGCCUGCGGCGAGGCCAUGAGCCUGCUCGCCUACCCCCUCAGCGGCGGCGACGCCCGCCAGAUGAUGAGAGAAUCACUUUUCUUCCCUCGCUUCCGGGCUGACACAUUGUGCCGUGCACAGGGUCCUCCUGGUCACAUCCCUUCCAAACAAUAACAUCCUCUCAGCUGGAAGCUCCUUGGACAAAAGCAAAUGUUUCCUAAGAGGCUAAGAGAAAUUAAUCGCAAAAUUCCCAAAUAAAAGCUUGCAUUAAAAAAAAAAAAAAAAAAAAAAAGAGAGAAAAAGAAAAACUUCAGUUUAAUUUUGGAUUUUAAAACGACAUUUUUCUUGUAGAUAGCCUGUAACUUGUAUGACAAGGGUGUGCAUAUGUGUGUGUGCGUGCACCUGUGAGUACCUUUUUUUGUUUAUUUCUUAAUUUGGGGAUAGAAGGUGCCACUGUAAUUUAGGGAUGCGGCAUUGUAAAUUCUAGGAGGCUGCUUCUGAGUCCAUUAUGGUCUGGCAGCAUUUAAACAGCCCCACGAGGGUAUCCAGGGUUAUAGGGAUGUUACAUGCAGUCCUCAAAUACAGACUGAGAACAUGAACUUCAAAUUGAGGAUAAUCCAGGAUCAGGAAGAAAACAAUAUUUAUAUAAAGUGCUGGAAAUAAAGGCUGUUCAAAGACUUUACGUUAUCUUGGAGGAAACAUUUGAAUUGCAUUGUAGGUUUUUGUGUUCUGAAUAUUGUGCUGUAAAACACGUCAGUGAGUUAGGACCUUCAUUUAUUUUAGCUCUUUUUCUUCCUUGACCAUCCCACCUGAGAGUACAUUGGCAGAAGAAACAGGUUUCUUUCAUUAUCUGACUAGAAAAUGUAGUCAUUUUCAAAAAAAUGUUUUUGAGUAAAUCUAUCCAUUUCACGGUGGCAUGCUUCAUACAGUUCUGCAUCCUUCAGUUUCUGCUUGAGGUAAAGAUUACAGGGGCUCGUUCUGUGCUGGAAUAACCUUUCAUGUUAUCUAAGGGAUGUUUCUGUAUUCUCUCACAGGCACUGAGAGAGCAAAAUUUGUCUCUGGGUGUUCUAGUGGUAUUUAAUAAUGGUAAUUGUAUAGGUGGACAAUAUUUGUAUUAACGCCAUGAUAACCUGUGUCGGGUAACCUAUUCUGGAAAGCUUCUCUGGGAUUACACGCAGCCUGGCUUGUACUGACAGGUUUGGGAGUGAAAUGAGAUUUUUCUUGCAUGCCAAAAGACAAUACGGUACUUAUUUUCUUAUGUCGGAUGGGAGAUUAAAAUCCAGUAUAUCUUGUUGAUUUGUUUUUAGCAAGUUGCAGUCACAGAUUUGUACGGUGCAACUGUUAAGCUUUCGCUUCACCUCGACAGGGAAUCUCAUCUUGCUGUUUCAGGUGGUAAAUGUAUCUCAUAAGAAGUUUUUAGAAAUCCGUGCUUAGUUUCCCUUACACCGGUUCAUCACGUUGAAGAAAUAAGCGAUGCCAUCUAGCCUGACUUGAUGCUUAUAGAUGGGAAGAAAUCCACUACUUGCAAAUUGUUUAGUAUUUUCUGAGGCAGUUUCCAUGUUUGAUAUACAUGCAUUUUCUGUAUCAAGACUUGCUGCUCUUGUUCACUAACACAAUUGCUCUUUGUUAGUGAUUAAUUCAAUUUUUUUCUCACCCCAAGCUGUUCUUGGAGGGUUUUUUGUAUAUGGUGAAAAGGGCUCUGUUAGGCAAAGUGUACAGAAUGCAGCAAGUGCAAUUCGUGGAUUGCAGUCAGGGCGCCUGAGAUCAUCAGAAGACUCUUCAAAACAAUCUGCAGGGAACAGCCAAAGGCGAAAAAGGAGUAAGUAGCCCCGAGUGGGAUCUUAGAGCAGGAUGGGCAAGAGCAUCUAGGACUGGAGGGCGGUGGCUCAGUGGCAGGUGUUGCAGCGUGUGCUCUUCAGUCACUAGAAAGCUUUCGAAAAUUCCCCCGCCUAAGGAGAACAGCUAGGACUCACCAACAAAUGCAUCCCAUUUUUCUCUUCGAGGUGUUUUGAUGGUGUUGGAAAGCAUCGUUCGGGAUACAUUUACAACAUACACCUGUUGGCCUUGAAACUCAUAACUUGAAGGGAAAAAAAAAAUAAAAAGUACCGUCAAAUAUCAGCAUUGGUACUUACCUGAAAAGACAGAAUCAGGUCUGAUUAGGAUGACCAGCGUGGAGUUUCACUGGCAGAAGUCUCUGGAAGCAGGCAGAGCUUGCUGAAAGCUUGACACCCAGGUUAAACGGCAUUUUGAGACCAGCUGGCCGUUUAGGGCUCGGUCACCAGCUUUUUUACUGUUACUGGGCUCAACGGAGACCUUGAAGUAAAGUCCCAGUUCUGUUAUAUGACGUAGAAAACCAAACAGUAACCACGUCUUUCAGAGCAGAGGAUGGCACGAUAAGCGGGGGAACAAUAAACACAUUUUAUAGCCAAGCUGAACUUGGCAGGCGUAGAAUCAGAGAGCGGGACUGAGCCACAGAGUUUUAGGAGUUCAGGCUGAGAUUCGGGAAAAAUACCUACUUGUGCUACAUCACAUAUAAUGAAUUAACAACUUUAAUAUAUUCAAAAGUCAUAGUGGGAUAUGGGAAUAAAACUGACAAAUGCUCACAAGACUCACUUCUGUCAUCUGUUUUUACUUAACUUGCGGUCGUCAUGCGUCUGCCUUAAGGGAAGCAGAAACUUGAGUACUGUAAUUGUACAUAAAAGGCUGUGAUAUUUCCAUGCCGGAAUUGUUAAUUGCUCUCUUACAACAUUCUAUCUGUAUUUAAAUUGUUGCUUUUGGGGAAACAACUGUGGUGACAUACUUGUGAGAAACGCUGAAACUCCAGGGCCAAGAAAUACCUACCCCCUGCUAAAAAAGUACACUUUAACUCCCUAGAACAUUACUGACAGCGUCCGCGUAGAUACCCACGGUAUGGACUUGCAUACUUCAGGUACAACAGAAAUAGUUCAGUAGCUCCCUCAUUUGCAGUAUCUAACAAAACUGUUCAAACGGUCGUGGAGUUACUUCUUGAACAAGUUCAGUAUCGCACGGGUCAUUUCAGCACACCCCCCCUCCCGUCUGUGCUCCAAGCAAAGUUCCGAGUUUCCACAUUAAGUUCUCGGUAUCACCACUUGAUGAUAAAGAAAGAGUGCAGAGCUGCUGGGUUUAUUAUGGUCAUGCAGCUGAACAGCAUUCCAGUGAGGAACCGAGCUCCUGAAACACGAAGAGCCGGCGAGCCUGACGGCACGUUCUGUCCCUUUCUUGAACACGAAGAGUUGCCGCUGCGACCCCGAUGGUGUCCGGAGGACGAGGGUGGUAAGAAGGUCGUUCCUCGGAGUCACCCUGCCAGCCGUGCAGCACCAGGACUACCUUGGGUGCUAUUUUGCCAUUCCGACUGAACUCGACGCAAGCCCUGCCACCGUGGAGAAGGAGGUGGGAAAGAUCCGAAUGUCAAAGCAAACCUUUGCACUAGCAGAGGCUUUCAGCACCUGGCUGGCUGUGCGCGUGUGAGCGAGGGGCCGGUUGUCCUUCCCUUGCCUGAGGUUUAAAGAGACGAAUGUUAAAUCCAAACUCGCUGAGGUGGUGGGUUUCAACGACUACGGGACCUGUUGCUUGUUGCUGAGGCGUGCCUCUGGCAGCCCCGGCUCUGGACAACGGGCUGGAAGCUGAUGGACUUUUUAGUACUUGGAGUCUGUCUGGGUAUCGAGUCCCGUGGAAUUCUUGCUUUCCAGCACGGAGGCGUUCAGCUCUGCUGCUGACCUCCAGCACCUGCAGCGCCGUUCCGUGGUGUUGGUAGACGGGAAUCGGGUCUUUCCCUCCCGCUUCCAAAUUCGUUGCCCUGUUUCUAAUUGUCCAACUUUGCCAAACUUCAGCUGUAUGUAGGCUGAGACUUUCCAUCUCGGGCUAAAGGUUUAAGCGUCUGGGGAGCUUCAGUCAGGACAGUGCAUGUUCUUUGGAGCCCUGGGUCAGGAUGUGGUGGUCUGUUGUCUAUGUCCGAACGCUCUCGAAGACGCUUCUUUGAAAUUGUCACUUCAGUGCUUUGGGACAGGAACUCCAGUUCAGGUAGAGGAAAUGACCUCUGUGUAGAGGAUGCCCCCUGUGUUUUGUUUUUACCUCUGCCUCCUAAUUUGACCAAGUAUAUAGUAACGUUUGUAAAAAAUGGCUAGCAUGUGCUCAGUAAAAGUGGUUUCGGUAUGUGUGUAUAUCUUCGUUUUAUACCAAAUAAAAUCUGCAUUGGUUUUAUCUCCA